AUGAAACUUCACAAAUGGUCUUCGAAUUCUGAUCAAUUGUGGAAUAGUUCAUCUUCAUCUGAUGUCGAGCACUCAUUUUCUAUCGAUAAUGACUUAUCGGUCAAAGCGCUGGGCAUCAUCUGGAAGCCGUUCGAAGAAAAGUUUGUUUAUAAGGUGUCAACUGCAGUAAAAUCAUCGUACACUAAGCGUGAAGUUCUCAGCGUGAUAGCUAAAUUAUACGACCCUCUUGGGUUUUUAGCACCAGUCUUGACAAGAGUUAAAAUCCUAUUACAGCGAUUGUGGCUGCAAAAACUAGAUUGGGAUGAAGUUCUGCCAAAUCCAAUCAGCGAUUAUUGGAAUGAUUUUGUGACAAAUUUAAAGUGCAUCGAUGAUGCGAAAAUUGAUAAAUUUAUUCCUUCGGACGAAUUUCAACGAAUUGUCCUUCAGGGAUUCGCAGAUGCGUCUGAAGCAGCCUAUGGAGCUGUAGUCUAUCUUCAAUGUUUCACUUCAACGCAUAGUGCUAAAGUAACUAUUAUCGCAAACAAAUCACGUAUAUCACCAAUUCGAGUGAUUUCGAUUCCCCGCCUUGAACUGUGUGCCUGUGUUCUUUUAGCCCAGCUUGUGCAAAAAUUACGUGCAUCUUUACGAUUAGAAAUUAGUGAAACUGUGCUUCAUACCGAUUCUACGAUUGCAUUAGCGUGUUUGAAUACACCUGCGAACCACCUGAAGACAUUUAUCGCCAAUCGUGUUUCAAAGGUUCAAACCUUGACAGAAAACUGUCACUGGGCCAACGUGCCGUCAUCUCUUAAUCCAGCCGACCUUGUUUCCCGUGGGUUAAGCCCUCGUGACAUUCACAAUCAAAAAAUUUGGUGGAAUGGCCCACCAUUCCUAGAACAAGGUGAGUUAUCCAAUGAGCAAACAAGCUCCCCGCUGACGAAUGAAUAUGACUACUCUUGUGAAGAACUUAAUUCCGAAAGAAAAACUCUGACUAUGACUUUGGACAAUAACCUUUUGAACAAGAUCCUUUCUUUACAUAAUAAUUUUCAUAAAAUUGUAUGUGUUUUAAGUUAUCUUUACAGGUUCAUCGAAAAUUGUAGGAAUCCAUUAUACAAACAAGUUGGACCCCUUAAGAUCUGUGAAAUCCAACGUGCAGAAACAACACUUUUUAGGCUGGUACAACAAGUGGAAUUUUACUCCGAAGUGAAGGACAUGUCCAGUAAGGGUAUGGUUAACCCCAAAAGUAAAAUUAAAAUUUUUUCUCCAUUCUUAGAUACUGAAGGUGUCUUGCGUGUAGGUGGUAGAUUGGUACACAGUAAUUUGAGUUUCGACAAAAAAAACACCAGAUGUUUCUUCCUAACAAUCAUAGACUGA